AUGGAUAACGAGAUCACUUUCCUGGGAGAAGAGGGCAUACGUGUUGAUGGUAAAUUUCUCUCGAACCUUUGCUUCGCGGACGACAUCGUUCUCUUUUCGAGCAGUACCAAUGAUGCAGAAACGAUGCUAAACGAAUUGAACAAAGCAGGGAAGAGAAUAGGACUACGAAUGAACAGAAAGAAGACACAGUUCAUGAAGAACGCCCACUGCGAGGGCGGAGGAGUACAACUUGAAGGCUCCCAAAUCGUGGAAACUCCGUCAUACGAAUACCUCGGACGUUCUAUGAACAUGGAAAACGACUUGAAGGAAGAACUGAAUAGAAGAAUGAGAGCAGCUUGGCAGCAUUCGCAGCUAUCAGGAAAGCUACGGACCAACUGA